AGAACCACCAAGGUUGGGGCCAGAACAUUCAGUCCUAGAGGAACAGAGAAGGAGUCCGGGGGAGCAGAGACUCCCUUCCAACCCCUUCUUCACAGGAACUGUUGGCAACCAAAGAAAACCUGCUAGGAAAAUGAAGAACUUCUGGAAAAUUCCAGUUUUCUUCUUUGUAUGCAGUUUCCUGGGACCCUGGGUAUCUGCGACUCCUAAGCGUCGCCCAAGAUUUCCUGUCAAUUCUAAUUCUAAUGGUGGAAAUGAACUUUGUCCCAAGAUCAGAAUUGGCCAAGAUGAUUUACCAGGGUUUGACCUGAUUUCUCAGUUCCAGCUAGAUAGGGCAGCAUCUCGAAGAGCUGUCCAGAGAGUGGUGGGAUCCACUGCAUUACAAGUAGCUUACAAGUUGGGAAGCAAUGUAGACUUUAGGAUUCCAACCAGGCAUUUGUAUCCCAGUGGACUGCCUGAAGAAUAUUCCUUUUUAACUACUUUUCGGAUGACUGGAAGCACACUUGAAAAGAACUGGAACAUUUGGCAGAUCCAGGAUUCCUCAGGGAGGGAGCAAGUUGGCGUGAAGAUAAAUGGCCAAGCCAAGUCUGUUGUAUUUUCAUACAAGGGACUGGAUGGAAGCCUCCAAACGGCAGUCUUUUCAAACUUGCCUUCCUUGUUUGACUCCCAGUGGCAUAAACUUAUGAUUGGUGUGGAAAGGAGCAGUGCUACUCUUUUCAUUGAUUGCAACAGGAUCGAAUCCUUACCCAUAAAGCCAAGAGGCCAGGUUGAUGUGGAUGGCUUUGCUGUGCUGGGAAAACUUGCAGAUAAUCCUCAAGUUUCUGUUCCAUUUGAACUCCAGUGGAUGCUGAUCCAUUGCGACCCUCUGAGACCCAGGAGAGAAACUUGCCACGAGCUGCCAGUCAGAAUCACACCCAGCCAGACCACCGAGGAGAGAGGUCCUCCUGGUGAAGAGGGGCCUCCAGGGCCUCCUGGGCCCCCUGGAGUUCCUGGCAUUGAUGGCAUUGAUGGUGACCGAGGUCCAAAGGGUCCCCCAGGCCCUCAGGGUCCUGCAGGAGAACCCGGCAAGCCUGGGGCACCAGGCAAGCCAGGCACACCAGGUGCUGAUGGAUUAACAGGACCUGAUGGAUCCCCUGGCUCUGUUGGACCAAGGGGACAAAAAGGGGAACCUGGUGUGCCUGGAUCUCGUGGAUUUCCAGGCCGUGGUAUUCCAGGACCCCCUGGUCCUCCAGGGACCACAGGACUCCCUGGAGAGCUUGGCCGCAUCGGACCUAUUGGUGACCCUGGGAAACGUGGACCACCUGGUCCUCCUGGGCCUCCAGGACCCAGUGGAACAAUUGGCUUUCAGUUAACAACUUGCCCCAAUUCCUGCCCACCAGGUCACUCAGGAUAUCCAGGCCUACCAGGCAUGAGGGGUCAUAAAGGAGCUAAAGGAGAAAUUGGUGAGCCAGGAAGACAAGGACACAAGGGUGAAGAAGGCGAUCAAGGAGAGCUAGGAGAAGUUGGAGCUCAAGGACCUCCAGGAGCUCAGGGUCUGAGAGGCAUCACUGGCAUUGUUGGAGACAAAGGAGAAAAGGGUGCUCGGGGUUUAGAUGGAGAACCUGGACCUCAGGGCAUUCCUGGUGCAGCUGGUGAUCAAGGGCAACGGGGACCUCCAGGAGAAGCAGGCCCCAAGGGAGACAGAGGCCCUCAAGGUUCCAGAGGAAUUUCUGGACCCCCUGGACCCAAAGGAGACACGGGCUUGCCGGGUGUAGAUGGUCGAGACGGGAUACCUGGAAUGCCAGGAACAAAGGGUGAAGUUGGGAAACCGGGACUUCCUGGUGAUGUGGGAUUACAGGGGUUGCCGGGUGUGCCUGGCAUUCCUGGUGCAAAAGGUGUUGCUGGUGAAAUGGGUAACACAGGAGCUCCAGGGAAGCCUGGCCAGUUGGGAAAUUCAGGCAAACCGGGUCAACAGGGGCCUCCAGGAGAGAUGGGACCUCGAGGACCCAGGGGGCUCCCUGGCAGUAGAGGGGAAAUAGGACCAGCAGGAUCCCCAGGCAUACCGGGUAAACUGGGACCUCUUGGUAGCCCUGGCCUCCCUGGCAUGCCUGGCCCCCCUGGACUUCCUGGAUUGAAAGGUGAUAGGGGUGUAUUCGGUGAACCAGGUCCAAAGGGUGAACAGGGUGCCUCUGGUGAAGAAGGUGAAGCAGGAGGAAGGGGUGAUCUUGGAGAUAUGGGAUUACCUGGCCCAAAGGGAUCCGUGGGUAACCCUGGGGAGCCAGGUCUGAGAGGGCCUGAAGGAAUUAGAGGGCUUCCUGGAGUGGAAGGACCAAGAGGACCCCCUGGACCUCGGGGUGUGCAGGGAGAACCGGGUGCCACUGGCCUGCCUGGUAUCCAGGGCUUUCCGGGUAGAGCGCCCACAGAUCAACACAUUAAGCAGGUUUGCAUGAGAGCCCUGCAAGAGCAUUUUGCUGAGAUGGCUGCUAGUCUCAAGCGUCCAGAUACAGGAGCCUCAGGUCUGCCAGGGAGGCCUGGUCCCCCUGGGCCUCCUGGGCCCCCUGGAGAGAAUGGUUUCCCAGGUCAGAUGGGAAUUCGUGGUCUCCCAGGCAUCAAAGGUCCCCCUGGUGCUCUGGGCUUGAGGGGACCUAAAGGUGACUUGGGAGAAAAAGGGGAACGUGGCCCUCCUGGAAGAGGUCCCAAAGGUUUGCCUGGAGCUACAGGUCUCCCAGGAGACCCAGGCCCUGCCAGCUUUGGGAGAAAUGGCCGGGAUGGUGAGCAAGGUCCCCCAGGAACGGCAGGAAUUCCUGGUGUGCCUGGACCCCCGGGCCCUCCUGGCCCUCCUGGUUUCUGUGAGCCAGCCUCCUGCACCCUACAAGCUGGUCUGCGAGCCUUUAGCAAAGGGCCUGACCAGUGAAAGGCUUAGUGGUGCAGGCAACCUGCACAAAUCACACCUGGAGUGAUGAAGCCUGGAGGAAAAAAGACCAACUAAAACUGGGGUGAGGGUGACAGUGUUUAACCAUAAACAUGGUUACACUAGUCCUACUUGACGAUCAGGUUUAAAACUAUGGUGCUACUCAAUACGUCCUUUUCCUUUCCUCAGAGGGAAGACAGGAGAGUCAUCAGAUUAAAAUCAAAUUUAAAUUUUCUUUAGAUAAAUUCACAAUCCUCUUCCCGGGAUCUUGAAAAUUAGUGUGCUAUGUGAUAUAUCACAGGUCACUGUGCCAAUGGGAAAAAAAACCCCAAAAAACAAAACAACAAAAAAACCAACUGUUUGGUUUCUCAGUUUUUUAUUUUCAUUUUUAAUUUAGAUGCUGUUCUCAGAUUUUUAAUUCAGUUCCUAUAUAAAGUAUUACUAGAUUAGUAAUGAAGAAACCCCACUACAUUUAAUAGAAUUGGUGCUUAAAAUUCCCAUCAAUGUGCUCCAUCGAGAGUGGCAAAAAGGGCUGUGCACAGGAUAUGAUUUCCUUAUAACUAUGUUGGUUUUCUUCUUCAGUCUGAAUUUGUGAACUUCUAUGUACUGUACUCCAAAUCCAUCAAUACUUUGAGUUCUUCUAUGUGAAAGAAAAGAAGCAACUAUAAUACCCUGGCAUGCAUAAGUUUUAUUGCUGAGAUUAUUUAUUUUAAAGGUUUGAGGUAACCUCUCUGGUUGUACCAAAAAAGAAAUAAACAUGGUUUCAUAAACUCUUACACUUUUUAUUUUUGUUUUUUAUAAAUAAUCAUGUUAAAUGAAGUCAUUAAACUUGUUUAGUUACAUUUAAAUUUUAACUUACUGGUGUUUCUAAAAACGUAUUUGUAGGGCGGAUCACUGACUGCUCUUGUAGAGGACCUGGGUUUGA